AUCAGCUCAGCUGCCCCUAACUGGAACUAAACUGAACCACAGUCGCGUGUCAUAACCGAUCGCGGUUCAGCGUUUCGGCAUCCGGGGUCAACGCAUGAGUGUCAGCUGAUCCGUUCCAGGAUCUGCUGAGAGUUGUGAACGCUCCUGUUUGAUAGCAAGGAGUAGUACAUUCGUUUAACGUAGCAAUUCAUUGUUUUUAAAGCAGUGGAAAUGGCCUCAAACCCACCCAGGUCAAAGACUGGAAUUAAUUCGAAUGAAAGGCUCCACAACUUGAAGAACACGUUCGAAACAAAGUAUGGAGAAUCUCCUCUAUUCUAUGCAUGUGCACCUGGGAGGGUCAAUCUAAUAGGAGAGCAUAUCGAUUACUGUGGCUACGCUGUUCUUCCAAUGGCCAUUGAACAGAAUAUCCUGGCAGCAGUCUCAGUGAACAACUCGGGGACAAUCGUACUCGCCAACACAAAUCCUCAGUACAAGGAUUUCACCGUGUCAUGUUCAGAGGACAUCGCCAUAGACCGAGAGAAUCCAAAGUGGUAUUAUUACUUUCUCUGUGGAGUAAAAGGUAUUCAGGAGAAGCUUGGUGGUGCUCGGUUAUCGGGGAUGUCGUGCGUCAUAGAUGGAACUAUCCCCCCGAGCUCCGGCCUCUCCAGUUCCAGUGCCUUAGUUUGCUGCGCCGGGCUCGUAACAAUGGAAGCAAAUCAAAAGUCCCUCUCCAAGACGGCACUGGCUGAGAUCUGUACUAAAAGCGAGCGCUACAUUGGCACAGAGGGAGGCGGCAUGGACCAGUCCAUCUCUUUCCUGGCAGAGAAAGGAACUGCAAAGCUGAUAGAGUUCCAGCCUCUGAGGGCGACUGAUGUCAAGCUCCCAGAGGGCGCCGUGUUUGUGAUCUCCAACUGCUGCGUUGAGAUGAACAAAGCUGCUUCGUCUCACUUCAACAUCCGUGUGGUGGAGUGUCGAAUCGCCACAAAGAUGCUGGCAAAGGCGCGAGCCUUGGACCCAAGCAGGUUGCUGAAGCUGGUGCAGGUUCAGACUGAGCUGGAGGCCUCCCUGGAGGAGAUGCUGGCUCUGGUGGACGAGGUGUUGCAUCCUGAGCCCUACAGCCGAGAGGAGAUCUGCAAGGAGCUCGGUGUCACCGCUGAGCAGUUUUCAUCAGAGCUGCUGAGCGCCAACACUCAGCACGUGACACAUUUCAAGCUGCACCAGCGAGCCAAGCAUGUGUACGGUGAAGCUUCGCGGGUGCUGGCGUUUAAGAGCGUGUGCGACUCCGAGCCCGCCCAAUCCGUGCGGCUGCUGGGAGAGCUGAUGAACCAGAGCCACGCGAGCUGCAGAGACCUCUAUGAGUGUAGCUGCCCCGAACUGGAUACACUGGUGGACAUCUGUCUGAGGUCCGGGGCAGUGGGCUCCCGGCUGACGGGAGCAGGUUGGGGCGGCUGUGCUGUUUCCAUGGUUCCUGUUGAGCAGGUCGAGUCGUUCUUACGAGCGGUGAGCGAGGCCUACUACCUCCACGAUCCACGCAGAGCAGCGAUGGAAAAACAGAGUUUGUUUGUGUCAAAGCCAGGCGGGGGGGCUGCCAUUUUCCUCACAGAGUAGAAAGCAUUCUCCAUGUGUGUUUAUGACACAUUGAAAUACACUUCUGCUGGGGAAUAUAUUACUAUUAUUAUUAUUUUACGUUUGAUUCAGACGGCACUCACAGAUGACUUCUUUGCUUUUUUUUUAUUGUUAUAGAAUAUGAUGGCAGAGCAUUGCUAACCGUAAAGAACUGCUUCUUCCAAAGGGAAUAUGCUUUUAGUUUUUUAAAUCACAAAGGUGUGUGUAAUACAUUUAUUUUGAACAUUGUUGUCACUGGCUUAACAUGACAUCUAAUUUGUGCCACUGUAUGAAAGAAGUCCAUUCCUUUAUCCUUUUUACACGUGAAUAUAAUGUACUUGACAAGAGCAUGAAAUCGUGAAUAAUUAAAUGAACAUUUCUAUGUACAAUUGAAGCAGUCAUCAUCGGAGCAGCUUCACUCA